AGCUUCCUGUGGUAUACUGAUGAGCAGAACUUUUCCACUACAUACCUCAGUUGUGCCUAAGGAGAUACAUGCAAGAACUUUCCUGAAAAUCACUGCACCAUUAAUAAACAAAAGAAAAGAAUAUUCAGAGAGGAGAAUAAUAGGGUAUUCGAUGCAGGAAAUGUAUGAUAUAGUAUCAAGAGUUGAACAUUACAAGCAUUUUGUUCCUUGGUGCAAAAAAUCAGAUAUAAUAUCAAAGAGAUCUGGAUACUGCAAAGCACGAUUAGAAAUUGGGUUUCCACCUGUGUUGGAGCGAUAUACAUCAGUAGUAACCCUGGUGAAGCCACAUUUGGUAAAGGCAUCCUGUACAGAUGGAAGACUUUUCAAUCAUCUGGAAACUGUUUGGCGUUUUAGCCCAGGUCUUCAUGGCUACCCAAGAACUUGUACCUUGGAUUUUUCAAUUUCAUUUGAAUUUCGCUCACUUCUACACUCUCAGCUUGCCACCCUCUUUUUUGAUGAAGUUGUAAAGCAGAUGGUAGCUGCCUUUGAAAGAAGAGCAUGUAAGCUGUAUGGUCCAGAAACAAAUAUACCUCGGGAAUUAAUGCUUCAUGAAGUUCAUCACACAUAAAAGGAAAAAAGAACUGGUAUCACUUAUUUAUAACUGUGUUCACUUUUAGAAGUGCUUUCAUUAUUUGCUUUCACAGUCAAGAAGCAUUUAUAAAACCCAGCCUUGAUUAUAAACCUGCACCAUUGAACAUUUGCACAUAGAAUAUGGAACAAUGUGUACGUACAACUAUUUCUUCAAUCAAGCAUAAUUCAGAGUAUUAUGUACAUUAGCAUGUUCUGCAUUUACAAUAAUGAGAUGUCAUCACUCUUUGUAGAAUACUGGUAUCUCUUUUCUGAGCAGAAUUUGACCUGUAAAUUUAAACCUUUAAUCAUCACCUACCUGAAAGAGGUUAGUUGAAAUAUUCAUGCAGUAUGGCUUAUAUUAACCAUAUCAUGUUUAAGUUAUUAAAUUCAGAAUCUUUGUAACUUAUUGCUAUAGGACCUGCCCCCUGUCUUAGGAUGUUUGAGUAACCGUCAGAUAUUUAAAGUAGAACUUUG